GGGCAAGGUGGCGGCGCCCUGUGGGCUUCCACUCUCUCGGUUGUUUCGGGUUCUCUGUCAGCCCUCGGCAUGUUCCUCCUCCGAGACCGUGGCCGCUGGGCCGCGGCGUCCCUCGGCAAACGCCUGCCCUCGUGUCGCGUCCGCAGCGACAGCGCCGCUCCGUGCAGCGCGCACUUCGAUGUGGUCGUGAUCGGAGGGGGGCACGCGGGCACCGAGGCGGCCGCCGCCGCUGCUCGCUGUGGCUCGCGGACUCUGCUCCUCACUCACCGCGUGGACACGAUCGGUCAGAUGUCCUGUAAUCCUUCCUUUGGUGGCAUCGGAAAGGGGCAUUUGAUGAGGGAAGUAGAUGCUUUGGAUGGCUUGUGUUCGCGGAUCUGUGACCAGUCUGGUAUACAUUAUAAAGUAUUAAACCGGCGUAAGGGCCCUGCUGUGUGGGGGCUGAGAGCGCAAAUUGAUCGGAAGCUUUAUAAACAGAACAUGCAGAAGGAAAUCCUAAAUACGCCCCUGCUCACUGUUCAGGAGGGAGCUGUAGAAGAUCUAGUUCUUACGGAAGCAGAGCCUGGAUAUGCUGGGAAGUGCCGGGUCAGCGGUGUUAUUUUGGCAGAUGGAAGUACAGUUGAUGCAGAGAGUGUAAUUCUGACAACGGGGACAUUUCUGAGAGGCAUGGUCAUAAUUGGAUUGGAGAUGCAUCCUGCAGGACGUUUGGGGGAUCAACCCUCGAUAGGGUUGGCUCAGACUCUGGAGAAGUUGGGAUUUGUGGUAGGAAGACUGAAGACUGGGACUCCACCCCGACUUGCCAAAGAUUCCAUUAAUUUCAACAUUCUAAACAAGCACACACCAGAUAAUCCAUCCAUCCCAUUCAGCUUUCUCAAUGAAACGGUGUGGAUCAAGCCAGAAGAUCAACUGCCAUGUUACUUGACUCACACCAACCCCAGAGUGGAUGAGAUUGUCCUUGAGAACCUGCACCUGAACAGUCACGUUAAGGAGACUACAAGAGGACCCCGAUACUGUCCCUCCAUUGAAUCUAAGGUUUUACGUUUUCCAAACCGUGUACAUCAGGUUUGGUUGGAACCGGAAGGAAUGGAUUCUGACCUUAUCUACCCACAAGGGUUAUCUGUUACACUGCCAGCCGAGUUACAAGAGAAAAUGAUAGCGUGCAUCAGAGGCCUGGAGAAAGCCAAAAUGGUUCAUCCAGGCUAUGGUGUUCAGUAUGAUUAUUUAGAUCCCCGCCAGAUCAGUCCUUCUCUUGAGACACAUUUGGUUCAGCGGUUGUUCUUUGCUGGGCAGAUAAAUGGAACCACUGGCUAUGAGGAAGCUGCAGCUCAGGGUGUGAUAGCUGGAAUCAACGCCAGUCUUCGAGUCAAUCGAAAACCACCCUUUAUUGUAAGUCGUACAGAAGGCUACAUAGGAGUCUUAAUUGAUGACCUCACCACACUGGGCACCAGCGAACCAUACCGCAUGUUUACCAGCAGAGUAGAGUUCCGUUUGUCACUACGCCCAGAUAAUGCUGACAUGCGCCUCACGUUCCGAGCCCAUAAGGACGCUGGCUGUGUGUCCCCGCAGCGAUAUGAAAGAGCUUCCUGGAUGAAGUCGUCUUUAGAAGAAGGCAUGUCUGUGUUGAAAUCCAUUGAGUUUUCAAGCUCCAAGUGGAAAAAGUUAAUUCCACAAGCUCCUAUAAGUAUUAAUAGAAGCCCUCCUGUCAGUGCUCUAGAUGUUCUUAAGUAUGAAGGAGUUGACAUGGAGUUGCUGGCCAGUGCUGUCCCCGAGCCCCUGAAGAAGUAUACUGCUUACAGAGAGCUGGCUAGAAGACUGAAAAUAGAAGCUACUUAUGAGUCAGUAUUGUUGUAUCAACUACAAGAAAUAAAGGAGGUUCAGCGAGAUGAAGCUUUCCAACUGCCACAAGAUUUAGAUUAUCUAACAAUCAAGGAUGUGUCGUUGUCCCAAGAAGUUCGAGAGAAGCUACACUUGAGUCGCCCACAGACAAUUGGGGCUGCUAGUCGUAUACCUGGAGUGACACCAGCUGCCAUCGUCAAUCUGCUCAGAUUUGUGAAGACCGCUCAGCAGAGACAGGCAGCAAUGACGGAACACCAAACCAAUUAGUACUUAUGUGAUACAAAGAAACUUCCAGACAGAGAAUUGUAACUUUCAUUUCAUAGAGGACUUUUAGAAAGAGGGUUUAGAGGGUAUAAAAGGAGAUAAAAAUAAUACCUGUGAGAAUAGCAUUGUUAGAUUAUUUUAGAUUUGUCCUUAUAAGACAAAGGUUGUAUUUAUAAGACAGUUGUACUUUUUUUAUGUAUGUAGGCAAAAUACUUCAAAACAUUAGUAGGUCAUGUAGCAUUCAUCAAAGGGUAAUAAUUAAGCCAAAACUAAACCUGAAACUGAGUGUUGAUACAGAUUUUAAGCAAUCCCAUCUGUUAAGAGGUUGAAGCUGGGCUGGGCAGUGGUGAUGCACACCUUAAGAAUCCCAGAACUCGGGACUCAGAGAAACCCUGUCUCCACGGACCUGGUCUCUAAGAGCCACGUCCAGAGCCUAUGCCCCUUGGCCUACCCACUUCUGUCAGUUAUGCAGAAGUGCUUUUCCUGAUACUUGGAAGGUCCUCCGUUCCUGCCUGCUCUUUUAGUCAAGUGGUAUUCUCCCUCUUUCCAGCUCCCUCUUCCUGGCAGUAAAACUGUCCUGGAGCUCUAGAAACAAAAAGAAUUCAGGGGCAGGAGAGCGAACCCAGAGUCUUUCUUGGCCUGCAGAAGACCUGAGUUUGGUUCCCAGCACCCACAUCAGCCUGAUGCCUGCAACUGCAGUCCAAGGGGUCUGGUGCCCUCUUCUGACCUGCACUAGUACCCAGACCUCCUUUGUGCCCCUCCCCAAAUAAAAUCUUUGAGGGGAAGCUUGCUCUUUUCCAGUCCCAGGCUCUUCAGGAACCUCCAGUUACUGGGUAGACAUUGCCAAGCCUAAGAACCAUACAGAUAUAACCAGCCCAGAAAUGGCAUAAAGAAACCCAACUAUAAAUAUAAAAUCUCAGGGCUUGGCUGCAAAUGCGUGAUGAGCAUGUUAUUUUCUCAAGAAAGUCUGAGGCCAUCCUGAGACUACAGAAGACAAGCUGUGCUCAUUUGGUGAGUGGACAUGCUGAGGGUAUCAACCCUAGUGAAGGCCUGUCUGCCAGUAUGGAGACUGAUGAAUUUAUGUGAUAACCCCAUACCCCAUAUUGUGUGCAGGUGGCUAGUUUACUGUCCUGUGAUGUUUUUACAGGUAAACUUAAGAUGGGAAAAAAUUUUUCAGUUUGUAGAUUUUCUACUCUUAAGCCCAUAUGUAAAGUUAAUUUGCUAUUUUUUCCUCAUAAAGCACACCAGACCACAGACUUAGUCUUAGUCUUGUCUGCUUACUGUGGUUAGCAAACGGUGAUUCAAGUCCUAAACUAGGAUGAAAAAUGAAGACUGAACUGGGGCAAUGGUGGCACACACCUUUAAUCCCAGCACUGGAAGGCAGAAGAUGGAUCGGAUCUCUAUGAGUUCAAGGCCAGUCUGGUCUACAAAACAAGUUCCAGGAUGGCCAAGUCUACACAGAGAAACCUGUUUCAAAAAACUCCA